AUGGCGGAUCUUCCGGAGGACCGCGUCAGCGCAUCUUACGCCUUCCAGGUGACUGGACUGGAUUUUUGUGGCCCUUUCUAUCACAAGUCGGAAGUUCGGAAUAAGGCACCCAUCAAGUGCUACGUCUGCAUUUUUAUCUGCUUUUCCACAAAGGCUGUGCACCUCGAGCUGGUCCAGGAUCUCUCCACUUCAGCGUUUCUUAGCGCAUUGAGGCGCUUUAUAUUGAUUCGUGGCAAGCCUGCCCGCAUAUGGUCGGACAAUGCGACUAAUUUUGUAGGCGCUAAGAACGAGUUGGCUGAUCUAAAGCGAUUGUUCCUGAAUGCCAGCCACCAAACCGCAAUAGAUGAUUUCUGCUUGACUGACAGUAUCGAAUGGCGAUUUAUUCCUCCUCGCUCACCCCACUUUGGAGGUCUAUGGGAGGCUGUGAAGACUGCGAAGUACCACUUCUACCGAUCUGUUGGACCUGCGAUACUGCCCGCUGAUGACCUGCGCACUCUCGUUUGCCACAUCGCGGCAAUCAUUAAUUCUCGUCCUUUAGUCUCACUUUCAGAACACCCUGGCGAUCUUGAUGUGUUGACACCGGCGCACUUCUUGGGUACUGCUCCUCUGGCCUUGUUUCCUGAGCCUGACUACACUAAUUUGAACCUCAAUCGGUUGGAUCGCUGGCAGAAAAUUUCGUUUUACCAGCAACUGUUCUGGUCCCGCUGGAAACAAGAGUACCUGACGCUCCUUCAGCAGCGCUCCAAGUGGCGCACACAGAAGACGGAUGUUCAACUCGGUGAUGUCGUUCUGGUUAAGGACGAAAACCUGCCCUCCCUCAAGUGGCCACUAGCUCGAGUGGUCAACCUCGUCGCUGGAUCCGACAAUGUGGCUCGAGUCGCUGUGCUGAAGACCGCCACUGGCCUCAUCAAUCGCGCAGUUGCUAAGCUGUGUGUGCUGCCGAAGCAGGAUGAAGUUGAAAGCCCUUGUCUUCCAACGGGGGGAGAAUGUCUGGUUAUGCAGCCCGCACCUGAUGACCCAGCGGCUAAACAACAACAAUACAUUUGCUCUGCGUAG